AUGGCUUUCCCAUUGACCGACCUGACACAUGUAACUAAAUGGGCUCGUGCAUGUGACGAUCAUUUGAACGAUGUCUGGAAUAAUCCAAGCACGAGAACAUCUUCUCAUCUAUGUGAUGCAAUUGAUCACUUAUUAUCGUUUACCACACCUCAGUUUGGUGAAUUAGAAACAAUACACGUCGCUAAUCAAUGGUUAGCUGCUCAUCUGAAAGAUUUACUUCAAAUGAUCAUGACGGAAGACCAACAAAAUGAACGCCAGCGGCAUCCACUUGGUUUGGUACGUAUUGUCUUGCUGGCAUCAAAACGGUUUACAUGUCGAAUUCAUUCACGGAAAACGAGUGGAGAAUUUAAAGAGGAUAUUCAUAAUCACAAAUGUCAUUUUUCGACAGUGAUGAUCAAAGGCGGCUACACUCAUGAGAUAUAUCAAGUAGAAUUUGACGACGAAUACCUUCGUCAAUUUAAUUCAGUUGGCGCCAACGAUAUGAGCAACAACAGCUCACAAACGUAUCCAUGCUAUCGAUUCAAGAAAGUCGAACAAGCGUAUGAACAAGAAAAUGCGGGCACAGCACGAGCCGCAAAGAUCCAAAGUUCCAAUCUGAAAAAUAAUAAUAAUUAUAAUUGUGCGUACGCUUUACCAUCUCAUUUGUACCAUUGUCUCACAAGUUUAUCGCCGAGUUUGAUCACAUUAACAGUCCGCGGAACUCCAACAAAUCAAGACAAUUGCAUGUUCCUACGUGAUACACCUAUUAGCACUGUCAGAGAACCCGGAACUAAUGCCAUGAAGAUGGAGCAGUUGGAUCAACUUGAAACUGACUUGAUUUUUAAAGAAAUUCCCUCGAUUUUGUCCUGA